AUGCUCACGACAGUGUCUUGCAUGACCAUUCUGGUCAUUUCCCUCCUUGCCGUCUUGGAAGCCAAGACUGGGAUGGACGUGUGUUUGGAGAUUGGCGACUUCCUUGCAGAGGAGCGCGAGUUUGCGGAUUGGGUCCGCGUGUUUCUCUUCCUGUACCUUGCAGGAAGAGCGCUAAUCUUCUUGGGCUCGUGGUUUCGAGCAAGCCUCCCCGUGGCCGCCACCCGGGUCCAUCGGGCCUGGAUGUGUCUUUUUGCCGGUGCCGUAUCUCGUGGCCUCGCGGCUCGUGACGCGGUCAUCAACGCCUCCCGGUCUCGUCUCGCGGCGAUCCGGUCUUCUUCCCCUGUCGCUGGUGCCCUCAUCUGGGUGCUCUGCUGCUUCGUCUCCCUUUCGUGCCUGCCUCUUGUCUGGGCCGUGGCUCGUGUCUCCGCCUCGCGGUGGUGCACGCUGUCGCCUGCCUGGCUGGAGGACUUCGUGGACUCUGUCCUCGUCGACGAGGCGCGUCGGGAAGAGCGGCGCCGGGUCCUUGCGGCCUGGGAGCGACAGCACGGCGGGCAAGUUGAUAGGCUGCGCCGGCUGAACCUGGAAGCCGAGCGCCUGGCUCAAAAGGCAGCGAAGGUCUGGCGUGACGCGGUGUCGCACUAUUUUAGCUGCGAACCCGUGACGUUGGGUCCCUUCACUCCGGUUGAGCACUUGCGCCCGGUUGGUUUUGCUGGUGUGGUUCCGGUCACGGUGCCUGACACCACCACUCCGUUUGUUGUUUCGUCUUCUGUUUCCGGUCGUUUGGGUGGCGCUUGGUGGUCCCGCCUUCUCCGUCUCCAGGAUGAAGGAGUUCUCCGGGUCGACGCCGUCAUCGCUCGCGUUUCCGCGGCGGUGGCGGCGAACCAGACGGGCAUUGACCGUCUGGAGCGCGAUAUCGCGUCUCGGCUGCGGGAGAUCACGGCCAUUGACUCCGAGGUCAAUGAUCGUUGGGUCGUCUUGCACGCAGCUCGCGUGCAAGAGGCACGGCGUCGGAAAACCACCGGCGCUCGUGGCUACCAGCAGGCAGUCAUGGAGCCCGUCAUGCUCCUUGGUUCCCCCGUUCGGCUGUUCCGACGCGGCGAAGCUCCGGCGACGUCGUCGACAACAUCAACAACAGCAGCAACGGCAACAGCAACAACAACAACAAACAACCCCUCCGUCCUCCCAGAAUCUUCGUCUUCCCUCGCCUUGGUCCUUUCCCCCACCUCAGCUCUCUCGGUUGCCGCCGACCCCCCGGCAACCUCUACCAACGCUCUGUCGACAACAAGCUCGACAUCCCCAUUUUCCCCUCUACCAGCCCCUGUUCUCCCCCUCUCUCCCCCCGCGACCUCUCUUAUCCCCCUCUCGUCUGCCCUGUCCGUGUCCUCCUCCUCCGCCCAGCACACCAACCCCGCCGUCCAGCAAGAGGACCCCUCUAAGGCGCAGCAGUCCGGUGAGGAACAGCAAGGCCAAGAGCUGGCGGUUGUGGAGCGCUGGGUGGAAGAGGACGGCCUGGGAGCCCGCACCCUGCCGUUGACCUUCCCGGCCUCUUCAAUUUUGCGGAGGACCCCCGAGGAAUCGGCUCGGCUCGCCCGGCAGCGGGAGAUUGAGGCGCGGGAGCGCUACCAGAUGUGGCGGGCGGCGCGACGCGAACGCAACCGUGAGUUGCGGGCUGCGUACCGCCGGGAUAAUCUGGCGCCUGUUUCUGCUUCGGCGGUUUCUGGUUCGGGUUCUCUGGCUUCGGCCCCUGCUGUUUCGUCUGCUGUGGUGUCUUCUUCUUCGUCGCCCGCACCCCGGGCGGAUCUCGCCAACGUCUCGUCGACCAAGUCGACCAAGACCACCACGACCACCACCACGACAACGAUCACCACCACCGCCGCCAAAGCCGAGGCUCGCGCCGAAGCUGAGGCUCAGUACCAAGAAGCCAUCGCCAGACGACACUCUGCCGAGGCCGCGCUGGAAUCUGCUCGUGCAGAGGAAAGCCGGUUGAUGGCUUUGUUGUCGGUUGCGCGUGACAAUGUGGCCGCCUGCGAGGUUGCUGCCGAGUCGGCUCGUGCCGAGGAGGCGCUUCUUUUCGCUGGCUCUUCUGCCCCUUCUUCUUUCUCUGGUGUUUUCUCUGGUCUCCCUCGCGACGAAGAGGAGGAGAGUGCGCAGUCGGGUUUCAGCUCCGACGUUUCUACCUACAACCUUUCCCUCCCUUCGUCUCCGUUUGUCUCGUCCCCCGCGUCGAUCGCUUCUUUCGUCAACAGCGACUGUGUUGUUGACAGUAUCUCUUCUUCCGAGGACCCCGUUUUUAUGGGCGAGGCUGAGGAGGCUGUCGCUAUGCAACACGACAGCCUAGACAAUGAAGACCACGACGACGCCGUGGGCCCUAACGACGGUGACAAUAACAACAACGACGACGAAGGCGACAACAUCGCAGCCCUCGAGGCCAUUCCCGCGAUUGUUCGUCCCGUGGCUCCUGAACCACAGGAGACCACCGCGAUUUCCGAAAGUCUCGGUGACACGUUGCCUGCCGCCGCCUCUGUCGCUUCUCUCCCGUGGCCCGAGUCCGAGGACGAAGGUCUUUUGGUUGAGGAGCAGGAGGCACAGGAAAAUGUGCCCGAGCGGCCCACCCCGCCGCACACUGCCGACAAGGUCGACCGUCCAACAGGAGAUGGUCUGAACCGCGAUGGGGAGCAGUGUGUUGCGGCUCGCGGUGCGGUGACGCUGGUGGUGGUUAGCCCAAGCCACCAAGCCGAAGAACUGGUGAAGGCGAAGGAGCAGGAGGUUCCCUUCUCUACGGAGUUGGGCCCUAACAGCCAGACUGCGCCGGCUGCUGAGGAACCGGAGAAGGCCCAGCAGCAACAACAAAGUCUCGACGUCCUGGACCGCGACGAAGAUAGUGAUGUCGCCAUGGAGGACUCAAAGUUGGAAGAGUCUAAUUCUGACUCGGAGACGGCGUCCCUCUUUGGGGGCGACUUUUACGAUGAUGAUGAUGAGGAUGAUGACGACAACGACGAGGACGACAAUGGCGACUCGUACAUGUCCGGUAUGGGUGCUGUGGGCGUCGAGCGGUCUCGGCCCCGUGGGUAUGUGGUCUCUGCUGGGGAGCAGGUUGACACGGCCAUGGGCGAGGCGUCGGAGGAGAUGGAGGUGGACGUCCUUCCCCAUGUGGAGGACGUGGACAUGAUGGAAAUGGGCCCUACCAAGAGGGCAGAUGAGAACAUGGAGAUGGAGCUGGAUGUGCAACUGUUCAGCAUGCCAGACGAGGAACUGGAGAAGGCGCUCUGGGACCAAAUGGCCCAGCUGUCGACUGAAGAACCGGAGAACUCUGGCGUGUUGUUGUCUCGUCCUGCUCUGUCUUCCUCUGCCCUUCUCCCCGUUUCCGUCCCCUCUUUUGAGGCCCCUCUUUCUUCUUUCCCGGGUGAGUUUCGCGGUUUCGGCGCUGGUUUUGGUGGUUUCCGUUCUGGGGUUUCUUCUCGUUCUGCUUCUCCCGCUCCCGCGGCCAGCCAGGUCGUGGUGAUGGACCAGUUCGAGCCCGAGCACCAGCACCAGUCACAGUCCCAACAGGAGGACUAUGACCUAUACCAAUUCCAGCAGGAUGCUGAGGCCGGCGACCUCUUGCCCGCACCCCGGGGCGUUUAUCCUGUUGGAGAGCAGGCUCUGGACGUCCGCCAGGAGGUGUUUGCUGCUGCCGGGGAGGACUACGAGGCUGAGUCCGAGUGCCAAGAUGCGGUGUUCCCCUCUGUGGAAGCACCCGAGGACAAGGACGCCGAGUUCGACCCGGCGGCGGUGUAUGGCGGUGAGUUCGGGCGCGAACCCGAGGAGGAUGCUUUUGCGGCGGAGGAGGAUUUCCCGGAGGAGGAGGGCGACAAUCUGGUGGGCGCCGGUGGUGAUGUUGACGAAGAAGUCGACGGGGAAGUUGAGGGCCACGACUUUGGGUUUCGUUGUGAUCCCGAGGUCGCCCGCCUGAUCGACGCUGGGGAGUAUGUGGCGGCUUAUCGCCUACAUUUCCCCGGCUGCGAGAUUCCGGGCUACUUGUACCCGGCGGCAACUUCCUCCAACGACGACGACUCGGUCAUCGACGCUCCUGGUUUUGGCCAGGACAACGACGACGACAUCACCACCACCACCACUCCCAACCACCCCCCGCGCUCCUCCACCACCUUCGCUGCGGCACCCAUCCCGGCCGCAACAAACCCCCCGACCACCGCCCACGACGAGGCUUCCCUGGUGCCGCUCUCCCAAGACGGCAACCCAUGGGACCCUCUCUACUCCCUGGAGGAUGAACCUCCCCAACAGGGGUCUCGGUCUCUGCCUGUGUCUUCUUCUUCGGCACAGCAUCAAUCAACAACAGAGAUCGAGACUGAACUCGACUCCGACGACGAGCGCGCCGCGAGGCUGAUGCAGUCGCUUGAGUUCACAGACAUGGACAACACCAACGGCCUCGACAUGACAAUGACAGGCACCCACCACGCCAUUUCUGAUUCCGAGUCCGACUCCGACUCUGCUUUGGCGGACGAGGACGGAGAGGAGGAAGAAGAAAUGGCGAUGGACUUUGGGUUCGAGGACCGGUCCGACCUGGACGGGGAGUUCUCCGACGCGGAGUUCUCCGACGACCACGACCACGACCACGACCACGACCACGAUUCUCUGGCGGGAGAUUUCGGUUUCGCUGGUUCGGCGCCGCCGUCGCCGUCGCUAUCGUCGACAAGGAGGUCCAACGUGGCCUGGGGGCAGCAGGGGCGCUCUCAGGUCCGCGGAGGGCCUUACACCACUGCUCGUUUUUCUGCACUUGUUGCAGCUUCCCCUUCGCUUUUCCCUUCGGCGUCAACCGCGCCCAAUGCCGCUGCUGCUCCGCCCGUAUUAUUUGGUGCGCGCAACAGCGGUGACAACACGCGGCCAUCGCGUCUAGCCUUUGACAUGGGCUCAGACUUUCCCACGAUGCCGCGGGGACGGUUGACACUCGCCGACCCCUCUCCCCCUGCUUUUGUGCGUCAAACCACAGACAGCAGUGCAGCACAGUCUGUUCCGCGGUCCGACGAUAGUGACGACGUCAGCGACGAAGACUACUCCUCCUCGCAGGAGGAGUCGGAGAGGGAGACGGAAUCCGACAAGGCCGAACGGUUGCGUCACACGAUGGCUAUGAUGAUGGGCACUGCCGAGGAGGCUCGGCAUGCUUUUGAAUCGCGUGUCAUCGAAGACAAUACUGCUGAGGUCGAGGAUGACGAAGAGGAAGAGGAAGACGAGCAGUGGGAGGACGUGGAGGAGGAUGAGGAUGAGGAAAUGGAGGAAGAAGGCAUUCCCGAGAAUGUCCAACAAGAGGAUGUUCCCGAGAAUGCGGAAGACGACAACGAGGAAGAGGCCAAGGACAAGGAUUCGGAGUCGGAAUCAGAGUCGGAGUCGACCAAGCAGCGUCAAACCUGCAGACCAACCAAGCGUCGUCGCGAUGACCUCAGCGACGACGACGACGACGACGACGACGACGACGACGACGACGACGACGACGACGACGAUGACAUGGCCGGGAUUGGUGGCCCACGCCCCAUUGCCCGGCCCAUCGCUCGCUUCGCCCGAUCCGAGCCUCGCUCUUCCGCCGAGAAUGGCCAAGGCAGCCAAGAUCACUCUGGUGAUGCCAACAAGGACGGCAACGACGACAAGCCCACCAACGACCCGACCGCCCUCCACAUGUUCGACCCGUCCAUGCCCCCCGCCAUUGCCCUGCGCGCCCAACGACCGCAGGGCACCGUCUUCCCCGAGGAAAAGAGAACCAGCGGCGUCCUGUCGACCCUGUCCGCUGCCGACCGUCGUGCGCUCCGGCGCGCCACUGCCUAUGUGCGUGGUGAGACUUUCGGGUCUGACGAUGACCGGUCCAGCAACAAAGACAGCGACAUCAACAGUGACGAUGACGAGGAUCACGUCUAUGGCAGCGAUGCCGAUGAUAUGGACGUUGAUCGCCAGCCGCCGACCGCGCCCGUCAUCAACACCAACACCAACGCGCCCAUCAACGCGCCCACGCCCGCUGCGUCUUCUUCUCUCCCUCGGCCUUCUACCUUCCCUCAUCCCCUUCCCUCCUCCGUUUUACCCCCUCCCUCCACACCUCAGCCCCAACGCCAACAACAACCCCCACCGAACCAACCGCCCACGAACCAGUCCCAGUCAAACCAACCCUCCAGCCAGGCCACAGCCUUCAAGAUCUCCCCGGCGGCAGUGCGCACGCCCAACUCAUCGCUGAGUGGGACCAUCACCGCGCGCACUGCCGUCCGCAAUACACCCUCUGGCCCGUCCCUCGACGAGAUCCAGAGGCAGAUCGACCAAGAGAAGGAGGCUCGUCGCGUCGCUGCCCUCGCUUGGCCAGACGACGACCACGAUGCUGCCGCUUCUGCUUCGCCUGCUGUGAUCUCUUCUGCUGGUGUGCCUUCUUCGGGAUUCACACCCGCGAGGAAUGGUUCUGGUUCUGGUUCAGGUUUGUUCGGUCUUGGUGUUGGUGGUUCAGGUGUUGGAGGUCCCGCUGCUGCCCGCUCACUGCCUAGCUCUGCCGCUGUUUCUGGUCUCCGUCUCUCCGGUCCCGCCCACGGUUUUACUAACUCCCCCGGUCCUGGCUCUACCGCCGCACAAGCUGGUGUCUUCCUCCCGCCCUCGGCCUCGCGGCCAGCGGCAUCUCAGGUCGCCCAGCCCGGCCAGUAUCCAGCCGGUCAGUUACCGUUGCCGGCUCAGACCGAGUUCCAGACUUUGCUGGUUCAACAACAGCCGCAAUCACAACAACAGCAGCAGCAGACGCAACAGCAGCAGCAGACGCAACAGCAGCAGACGCAGCAGCAGCAGCAGAGGGGUCAACGACGAGGUGCAGCACCCUCCCUUUCCCUUCCCGAUAUUCCCAUGCCCACAAUUCCCUCAUCCACGCCCGCCGCAGCGACAAAUCACCCGUCGCCCGCACCCGCCCAGCAACGGCCCCAGCAAGUUCAAUCACAACUCCCGCGGCGACCGCCUCCUGGCCCGUCAAUCUUCAUCCAGAGGAAACCGCGGAGGGGGCCGAAAUAA